GCAGACCCCGGGCUACCUGAUAAAUGUAUCUGGUGGCUUGCCAUACACCGCUCGGCUCCUUCCGCGUUCCUCCACGGAGAUCACGUGGCUCGGCGCCGCGCCCGCGCGCCCGUGCUGCAACAGCGGCCGUUAACGGCGGACAUGCGCGCGGCUCUGCGGUGGAAGUUGGUGAAGUUCGUCGGCGCCGGGACGCUCCUGGUUCUGGCCGCAGCGGUCAGCCUGAGGACGCCGGCGGAGGAGCUGAGCCCCCUCUCCGCGGAGGAGCACCGGCUGCUCUCCCCCCUCACAUACCGGUACCUCCUCAACCAGCCGGACGCGUGCCGGGACAGAAGCCCCCUCCUGGUGCUGCUCGUGCCUGUCGCCCCCCAGGACUCCGCGGCCCGGGGGGCGGUCCGGAGGACGUGGGGCUCCGCAGAGCGGGACGUCCUGACUCUGUUUUUCUCCGGACUUCCUGGAGCGCAGCUGCAGCCCAGCCUGCAGGGAGCGCUACAGGAGGAGAGCCGCCUGCACGCAGACAUCAUCCAGAUGGACUUUCUGGACUCUUACCAGAACCUGACCAUCAAAACCAUGAUGAUGAUGAAGUGGUUCUCCACCUUCUGCCCCCACGCCGCCUUCGGCAUGAAGGUGGACGCAGACGUCUUCGUGAACGUCUUCCUCCUGCUGGAACGGCUGCAGCGCUCCCCCCGGCGCGGCUUCAUCACGGGCUCGGUGAUCUACGACGGCCAGCCCCGGAGGGAUCCGAACAGCAAAUGGUUCUUGUCAGAGGAGCGUUACCGCGACCACACGUUCCCGCCCUACGUUUCUGGAGCGGGCUACGUCUUCUCAGGUGACAUGGCGGGAAGGAUCUCCUGGGCCUCCAGGUUUGUGCGGAUGAUCCCGCUGGAAGACGUGUACGUGGGCCUGUGUCUGCGUGUGCUGGACGUGCGGCCGGUUUACUCUCGCAGCGGGAUGUUCCUCAGGAACCUGUUUGAAAUCAGAACCCUGAAGUACGACAGGUGCACGUUCGCCAGGCUGCUGAUUGUCAACAGGUACAGGCCGGCAGAGCUGCUGCAGAUGUGGAAGGACUUCUCUGAGAGCCGGGCAGGAUGCUGAAGCUUCCUCUGGAGAAGAUGGAGCCGGAGAAUGUAAAAGGUCAGGAAGAGGCUGAAUCAACAUUAUAUGAAGUCUCUCGAAAAAAAAAAAAACAAAUCUUUUGCUGCAUAAUUAGAUUUUACGGCAUGUAUUUCCGCUUCUUAAAUUCCCUGUAAAAACAAGAAAGUGAAAGCAAAAAGAAUGAAGACAAAGUGGAACUGAUAGUUCUAGGAUUUCGGAGCCAAAUUGAAAGCAGCAGUUUGAAAAAAAAAACAGUUAAAAUCCUCAAAAUCAAACCUAAUAAAAUAAUUCAUCAGAAGAAGAAAUGUCUCAGAUUCACAGAUGAAAACAAAGGAUCUGCAAUGAAAAGCUAAAAUAAGACUGGAGGGAUUACCUGUUCAGAACUGUUGAUGGAUCGGGAAGAUCAGGAUCUGCAGAGUUCAACAGUAAGAACAGCAGCUGAAGUGGAGUUUGCUUCAUGGUUUUCAGCCCCCCCCCAUUCUGCUCAGGGAAACGUCAGACGUCAGUCAGUUUGUGAUUUGCAGGAUGUUGAUUUUUUUCAAUCUGCUGAAGGAUGCUCGGACACUGUGUGCCUUAAGAUGAAGACGUUUACCUGCUGACGUCACUACGACCUUUCACCUUCAGGAACUACGAGGAGGAUUUGAGCUGAACGUCAGUCAGCAGGUAGAGCUAGUAAAGCCAUAUUCUGAGAAUCAAACCAUCCAAAGUUUCCCUGUGACCUGUUCUGCUGUUCUGAUCCGUUCUGCUGGUCUGACCCGUUCUGCUGUUCUGAUCCGUUCUGCUGUUCUGACCCAAAGUGCUCUUUAGUUUAUUACUGUUCACAGCUGCCUUUAAACCUCAGGAGGAUGAACAUUUUAUGAGGUUUUGCCUUUUAUUUUGUAUUUGUCAUAUUUAUCUGCAGUCACUUGAUGAACAGCAGUUUUCUGAUGCUGUUUCCAUCCACCUGACGAGCAACAUGUACCACAAGAACACGGAAGUCCUUAAAACCAUUACCCUGACCUGCAGUUUCCUCAGUACUGGAUGUCAGGGAGGCGUCUCCCUCUGAGUGUCUGAUAUGACCCUUGAUCUCGCUGUCUUAGGCUGUACGUUCCUCCACUGGACCACUCUGCUGAUCUAGAUGUUAGGAAGCCUCUCCAGACAGAGUCCGACCCCCAAACGCCUCAAAGGUUCAUGCUUUGAUCUGAAUGCUGAAUCAGAUCUAUGUACAUCCAGCUUGUCUGCACCGUCAGAACUUAUCGCUGCUGCUGUCAUCAUGCUGGAAAUCUGAGGAAAACUUCAAUAAAUCUGAUUGUCUUUGUCAAUCCAGAAUGUUUGGAAAGCUUUUCUGUCAUUUUACAGUCACUUUACAAUAUUUAUCAUUGUUACAAUAAAUGUAAGGAAUGUAAGAUGGGGGAAUUUGUCUGUGUCAUUUGGUGAUUUCACUCAUUUAUUUCAGUAAAGAUGUACAGAGUUCUCCUGAAAACUAUAUUUAUUUUUAGUUCAUUUUAUGAAUGUGUAAAACUAAGUUUGAAAACUAAAAAAUCCUAAAAAAAAAACAAAACUCUAAAAUUAACUAGAUAAAAUAAACUGCCUGUUAAAAAUAUUAAAAUCAAUUACAAACAAUGGUCAAUAAUUUAAAUACAAUAAAAACAUUGUUUCCUAAAACAAAAAUGCAUCACUAAAGAGAUGUUGAACAUACAUCUGCAGUUUAACACUCCACAAGUCUUUUUUUUUUUUUUAGUUCCUCAGUAUUGAUACUUAUAAUCAGAAAAAAUGCCGGAAAAACGUAAAAACAGUAUUAUAGUUGAUCACUUCAACAUUAACCAAUCCUGAGAUCUCUGGGAUUCUGAUAUUUUUACACUAAGUCGUACUGCUAUAAUAGUGAGGAGCAGUGGCGCCCGUUCACCCCUCUGCGUCUGCAAUCGCUUGUCUGUGGUUUGCUUCCUGAGGUUACGGCGCCUCCCACUCCCUCUGCGGACCGGCGUCCUGUUGAGGGUUUUACUGAUGCAUGAGGACCCGUGAUGACCGUGGCUCGCGUCUGCCGUCUCCAGGCGUCCGAGACUACACACCUGUGGCUCAGAGGGAGUGUCAUGGAUUCGAGAGGUGGAUCGUAUCAUCGAUAAACAGAUUGGGAGUGUUUCCCAUUAAAAUAAAAAGUGUAAAACAAAAAAAAA